ACGACUUUUCUUGGCCCGACUUCUAGGCAAUCCCACAAGACUGUAUGACAAGGGGGUGACUUCAGUGUCAAACGAUUCUUGUUCAAAUGCUUUUUGAUCAAUGUCACACAAUUCAAGGCUUCAGUACAGCUUUCAACAGGUUUUAUGGAAGACGUGUGAAAAGAUAUUUUCAAUUUGUACGCAUCAGUGACAAAAUGAUGUCCAAUGCAAGUACCUAUUUGUCUUGAGCCGUGUCUUUCCUUGUUGUUUGGUUAAACAAUCGGCUUUCUUCUGUGUGUGUUAUUCACGCUCGCCAUGAUAUAGUCGGAUCGUACAAUCUAUUCUGCUUUGAGCAGAUAUUUCUUAUGAAUAUGGAGGGGGGGAUUUGUCGCUUUUAUUUGCACCUGCUUAUUGACAUGUUCUGUUUAUCAGUUGAUAGAAAAUUGAUUCAAGUAAGAAGGUCAUAUAUCAUUAGUGCGGCUAGAAAAAUAUUGAACAAUCUCGAGUGGGAUUGACAAUUUACGAUAAGGUAUUUGGGUAAUUCAUUUUUCAAACAAGUUAACUUUUUCAGAAAGAUUUAUUUAUUAUUAACAAUCUGAAUAUUAAAUUAAUGUUAAACAUAAUGACACAGUUAACUUACGUAAAGACCAGGUAAAUGGUUGUAAAUGGAUGCAUAACAGAGGCACGUGAUUGUGAAAUAAUACAUGCUUCUUGUGUUUAAGGUAUGGAUGUGGAUUCGUUCACUGCCCAGUACCUCCCAACAGUUACCCAGAGUUCAUUUCUGUCCUCACUGCCCGGAUGUCCUCCCCGCUCAACGUCCUCCCUGUCAACUAUCCUGGACCCCCCUAUAACCGACUGACGCGCUGUUACCCUGCGGUGCAUGGGAACUUCACUGACGUCAACACACUUGUCACAGCCCUAGAGACCAGCAGAUACUUCGGGACAGACAAGUUUAUCUUCUACAACUACAGCAUACCAGAAGAUGUCAACAAAGUCCUGCUGCACUAUGAGAGAGAAGGCAUUGUGGAGAUGAGGAACUGGAAGCUUCCCUUUCCUCCAGACCAGAUCCACUACUGGGGUCAGAUGGCGAGUAUCCAUGACUGUGUCUUCUCUCAGUUUGGGGUGGCCAAAUACGUUCUCCUGGCAGACAUUGAUGAGGUCGUUGUUCCAAAAUCCGAAACCACGGUAUAUGCAUUAGCUGAUAAACUUUUGUCUAUGCCAACUCUAAAACCAUCAAAAUCGUACGGAGCCCUCAUGUUUCAGAAUGCAUUUUUCUUUCUGAAUGGACAUGACACAAGAUCAGAAUUUCAUUCAAAAUAUGAUGCUUUGAAAUACAGAAUGGGUGUAUUUUUACACACAAAUAGGUCAUCUGUGAAUCCCCCAUUCUACCGUUCUAAACUGUUAGUGAUUCCUGAAAGUGUUGACUUGCUACAGACACAUGCUGCAGAAACGUUGCAACCAGGAUGGUUAACUCUUGUGGUAGAACCAAAAGAUGGUUUAAUGCAUCAUUACAGAAAGGACUACGACCCUCAAGCCAUAGGGCCAUAUACAGAGGAUACCUCCUUACUUCAAUAUAGCUCUUCUAUUAUCCCAAGAGUGAAAGACAGAUUGCAUUUUUUUAAAACUCUACUGAACAUCGGAAAGAGUGUGUAAUGGGGUUGGUUUUAAAGCCGCUUGAAGACUUUUCCAAUGACACCAUGAUAUGGGCAGACAGCCAAGCGUGAGCAGGCAAUAGACGUCUACAACUCGGGUUUGUCUCACAAGGGUGGGUGUGGGACUGACCGACCAUGGAUCAUAAUCGAGGGCGGAUAGAGAAAAUAUGACAUUCUGUAAAACGUGAAAUUAAUGCGUCUCCAAAAGAAUGCGACCGCUGGCCCCUAGCCAAAAAUGCGGCUCAAUAUGAAUGCGACACCCCCUCCUCUCAAGCAUCUGUGGAUUUAUAU